GGCCCUCCAAAGGAAGUGUCUCCCAAUUUCCCAAACUAGUUUGACAUCCGGAGUUAUUGAGAUCAGCCGGGCGGUGAGAAACGCUACAAAAUUCACCAGUGUUGAAAUAGUGUACGAGAAGAUGGACCUGCUGCCGCUGUUUUUGGUCGUUGCCCUCUGCGUUCUUCAGUCCUCCAGCAAACCCAUGCUGAAGAAGGACCGCGUCCAUCACGACGCCCCCCUCAGCAACAAUGAGCACGAUGAUGAGAACUUCAACUAUGACCACGAGGCUUUUCUUGGGCAAGAGGAGGCAAAGACCUUCGACCAGCUCACGCCAGAGGAGAGCAAAGAGAGACUGGGUAAGAUUGCAGAAAAGAUUGACGAGGAUCAUGACGGCUUUGUGACCGCUGAUGAGAUGAAACGCUGGAUCAAACAAGCUCAGAAGCGAUGGAUCUAUGACGAUGUGGAGCGGCAGUGGCAGACUCACGAUCACAACUCAGACGCUUAUGUCUCCUGGGAGGAGUACAAGAACGCUACCUACGGCUACAUCCUUGAUGAAGCAGAUCCCAAGGAUGGUUUUAACUACAGGCAGAUGAUGGCCAGAGAUGAGCGUCGUUUCAAGAUGGCUAACCAUGAUGGUGACAUGAGGGCCAAUAAGGAAGAGUUUACAGCAUUCCUUCACCCAGAGGAGUUUGACUACAUGAAGGAUAUCAUAGUGCUGGAGACCAUGGAGGACAUUGAUAAAAAUGGAGAUGGUUUCAUCGACCUUGAUGAAUAUAUUGGUGAUAUGUACAGUCAGAAUGGAGAUGCAAAUGAACCAGAAUGGGUGAAAACGGAACGAGAACAGUUUACAGAGUUCAGGGAUAAAAACAAAGACGGCCGUAUGGAUAAGGACGAGACCCGUCACUGGAUCAUGCCCUCCGACUACGACCAUGCAGAGGCUGAGGCCAAACACCUGCUGUAUGAGUCUGACGCAGAUAAGGACGGACGCCUCACAAAGCAGGAAAUUGUGGAUAAGUAUGACUUGUUUGUCGGGAGCCAAGUGACAGAUUUUGGAGAAGCUCUGGUCCGACAUGAUGAGUUUUAAUUUUGGCAACUUUGCACUUAAAAAAUGCAAAACGAACAAUCAUUUAUUUUAUAAUUUCAAGCAUGCCACAUUGUGAAACAUUGUGUUUACAAAGCAUUUCUGUUCUUCCAACUCGAUCAAAUGCAUUUUUUUUUAUUUUGACUUUUUCCGUGAACACAUCUUUUGUAGAUUAACACUCAUCACUGUUGGAAUCAGAUGUGAUUUCAAAUGCACUGAAGUAGUAGUAUUCAGGUCAGCUUGUGAAGCUUGUCAAAGUGUUGUGUAGAGGUUUGUCUAAUGGCCUAUAAUGCACUGAAAUGAGCCCAUAUAAUUCAGCAAAAUGGCAUGUGUGUAACCCGACACAGCAUAAAGCAAUAACCACCCAAUUUUGUUUUUACACUGCACAAUAUGUUAGUUUUUUCUUGGGUAUAUAAAAAAGGAUAGCCUUAUGUAAACUACUUUUCUAAAUAAUAUAUAAUGCUUUGCAACCACUACGUGUUUGUGUUUAUCUCCAUUUAGCCAGAGGAUGUGUGAUUGGACAUGACGCUAAGUAGUAGAUUGUAGUAAAGAUUUUGAAAAAUGUCAUUGUCUUUGGCUCAAAAUACGCCUAACCAGAAGUUCUGGAUUGGUUGUAUCAGAAUGUCAAAGCUUGUUUUUGUUGAUCUAUGAUCAGUUUUAUUUUUCUUUGAUUUGCAAAGGAACG